AUGGCGGCGCCCAUUGAAUGGAGUGAGCUUCCGGAUAUUGCCCUGAUUUACAUCUACUAUAAGGUAGCCGAUCAAGACAGGUUGAGCAUGGCGCUUACUUGUAAGAACUGGCAUCGUCUGUUCUCUUCCGCUUUGCUGUGGCGACAUCGUAGGGUGGUGUUUAACUCUGAUUCCGCUGAACUAACGGCGGAAAAAGAAAUACAAUUUCUGGACAAGUUUGGACAUUGCUUAAACAAAUUGUCGAUAAAUAUCGGUACGCCAAAUUUCAAGACAUGCAUGGCCAUAUCGAAAGCUGCGGAGACGUACGUAACGCGCAUAUGCGGACGGAACGACAUUAAGUUGCGGGAGCUUGAGCUAGAAUCACUGCAUCUUGAACAGAACUGGCGCUUCGUUCUCUCCAGGAACCGAUUGGUUACCGCCCUUUGUCGCAUGAUCAGGAAACAGCGGAGACUGCAGACAAUAUACAUGGCGGGUGCUCGCAUGCGCAUGGUGGACGGCUGCCGAGUUCUGGAGGCGCUUGUAAAGGGUACAAACGCGCGGACUAUAACAAACAUUUACGUGGAAGACUUUUUUGAAACUAACGUUAUUCCACACAGAGCACAACGAUAUGUCUCUGCUAUAUCUAAAUUCUCUUCGCUGCAAUACAUUCAUAUUAAUUACAAAUACCUUAACGGCGAAGUGCUGAGGAACUUUGCAAAUAAACUUGGAAGGAAGCUAGAAAGCUUAUCCCUGAUUCUGGAAGGAGACAUCCGAGGUCUUGAGAUCCCCACAGAUGUGUGGGUGGAGUUCGCAAAGCAAUGUCCCCUUGCGGAAGUUGGGAUGUAUCUCUGCACGACGAUUCUCAGGGGCCACGACUUACGGACACCGUUUGUGCGGGGUCUACCCCUGAACAACGUGUACCUGACGUCCUGGUCUCGCGCGGACGAGACUGAGUUCCGGUUGGCGGCCCUGCUGAGACAUUUGGGUCACCUGUACAACACUUCUCUAGAGUCGUUCGCCAUGUUCUUCGAGCAGCAUGAGCACUUGGACGUGGAGCUGUUGUUCAUGCUGCGGAGGUGCCGGCACCUUCAGGACCUAUCCGUGCUGGCGAGCAUUUCCGCCGACACAAUCAUCGACAUCAUGAAUCUCCAGCACCAGCGGUUACUCGCGUUAAAGUCCAUCAAUCUGACGAUUUCUGGGCUAACAGACGCCGAUUGGGCGCGCAUCGACGCCGAGAAGGAGCGGUUGCUGGCCACCGUCGGCGAUUUUGUCUACGUAGGCCCCAGCGAGAACGAUUCCAGCGACAGUGGCAGCAGCACCAUCACGCUGGAGGAUGACGGUGACGCCGUUCACGCCGUUGAAGCAGGUGAUGAAAACAUCGAUGCUGAGAAUGCGUUCGCCGUACAGUUGAACAAUAUUGAAAUUCACAUUGAGGAUGAAGAUGCAAUUUUUGGACCUCUAAGAAAUCCAUACCAUGAUGAUGACGACAAUUUUCUAUUAUGAAUGAGCAAAAAUAAGCGAUAAGCGAUGGGGCUAUGCUUGUUCUAUGUAUACAACAUUGCAAUGUUACUCAUGGAAGUCAGUUCUGUGGGAAAUGACUUACACAUAUGCUGUUUCAAUGUUAUGUGUUGCUCAUCAUGGCGGUAAUACGUUUGUUCACAAUGCACGUACUAUU